AUGGCGCUGUCGCCGCCCGUUCCCCCGAAGGGUCGCGUCCUCGUGUGCUGUUCAGUGUGUUGUCGGGGAGACCUUCGCCGUCCUCUCAGCGAGGCGACAGAGGCCGCCCCUUCCGCUCUGGCUCCUCGGCCUUGGUCUCCGGGACCCGGCACAACGUCCAUUAAGGCAGUCCCCACAGACGGCGCCAAUGUUCGGUUGUCGGUUGCCGGACAGGCUAUAAAAUGUACGGAAAUUACUCAGUUGGGAUGUGAUGACACGGAACUUGUUGAUGAGACCAUAGUUGCCUUGCUGACGAUGAAAUACCAAGAGUUGGGAUGCGGUGUAGGAUGCAGAGCAAGAAUAUAUGCAAAGUUCGACAGGGAAAAGCAUGAUUGGGUCUUGUUGAAGGUUGAACUAAAUCACUCGCACCUGUGUUCAACUAAGAAGGCGGUGCACUACCAUGAGAAUAGGGAGUUAACAAUGCAUGCGAAGUGUAUCAUUGAGAUUAAUGAUGAGGCGGGCAUUCAACCCAACAAGACCUUUCUUGCAUUAGCCAAUGAAGUUGAUGUCAAGGAGAUGCUGAAUUACUUCAUACGAAUGAAGGAGUUGAAUCCGAACUACUUUUACGCAGUGAAUUUAAAUGAGGAUAACAAGUUUACGAGUGCAGUUUGGGUUGAUGCAAGGUGUAGGGCAUCUUAUGAAUACUACGGAGAUGUGGUCUCAUUUGAUACCACAUACAGCACGGACUGGCAUGGAUUGCCAUUUGCUGCUUUCAUUGGUGUGAACCACCAUGGUAAGUCUACUUUGCUAGGCUGCGCUCUGCUAGGUAGUGAGGAGAUCUCGAGUUUUGAGUGGGUGUUCACACAAUGGCUGGAGUGCAUGGGAACGACACCGAAGGACAUCAUCACAGACCAAUGCAAGUCUAUGUUUGGUACAAUUAAGAAGAACUCUAAGUCGGUUGAGGAUUUUGAGGAUCAUUGGGCUGAGUUCAUUGAUGAGUUCAACUUACAUCACAACAGAUGGCUAGCAGAUCUGUUUGAGGACCGACACAUGUGGGUGCCUAUCUUUUUCAAGGGUCAAUUCUGGGCUUCCAUGAGGAGUACGCAGAGGAGUAAGGGUAUGCAAUCAUUCUUUGGUGGAUACUUAAAUUGUAAGAAUAGUUUGGUCCAGUUCGUCCACGAGUUCGACAAUGUCCUAGAAACGAAGGAGCAGAAGGAACUGGAGGACGAUACUGCAGACUCGAGAGGUCUAAUUCCAUGUUCAACUAGAUCAACCAUCGAGAGACAAUUUCAAAAAGAGUAUACCAACGAGAUGUUUAGGGAUGUCCAAACGGAGUUUGGCAAGAAGGCUGAUUGUACUAUUCAUGUCGUGGAUGAACAGGGCGACCCGGCUAGGGUAAAAGUGGAAGAGGAAAUACUAGUCUAUGAGACGACCCGAUAUGUUACGUUUGACGUUUAUUUUGACCGUUCGACUCACGAGGUUCGAUAUGAUUGCAACUUGUUCGAGAGUGCAGGUAUAUUAUGUUGCCACUGUCUUGUAGUACUUUCAUCUUACAAAGUUAAUGAGGUGCCUUCCAGCUAUGUUUUACCUCGUUGGAGCAAGAACAUAAAGCGCAAGCACACCUACAUUAAGAGUAGCCACGACGUUAGAUGUUCAAAUGAAAGCCACAACAUAUUCAGAGGGUUGUGUGCACAUUUCUACAACGUUGCGCAGGAAUUUGUGGACUGUGAUGAUGAGGCAGACAUGCUGCAUAAUGUUCUGGAGGAUGCAAGGGCCAAACUAGUAGAUUACUGUGGCAGGAUGCGGAAUAACACUGAUAAUCCUGUAGAAUCUGCUGCAAAUCAAGAUUUGGAGGCUUCUGCUCAGCAGAUUGCUAAGCAAGGACUUGGUGGAUUCAUGUCGCUGUUAAACUCCUUUGACAAUACCUAG